AUGUUCCUGCUUCCUGGCUUCGUCAUCACCUGGUAUGUCACCAAGACACCCAUCCCCGAAGCCUACAAGAUCGAAAUCAAAAACUACAUCUACGCGCGUCAGCAUCCAGAAGAUGGAGGAUGGGGACUACACAUUGAGGGCGACAGCUCUGUCUUUGGCACUGCCAUGAACUACGUCGCCUUGAGACUGGUCGGUGCUGAUGCAGAGGAUCCGCGUUUGGUCAAGGCUCGUGGUCUGCUGCACAAGCUUGGAGGCGCCGUCAAUGGCCCUCACUGGGCAAAGUUCUGGCUGAGCGUGUUGGGUGUCACGCCCUGGGAUAUCGUCAACCCUGUGCCUCCGGAGUUGUGGCUGCUUCCUGAUUGGAUGCCCAUUGCUCCCUGGAGAUGGUGGAUCCACAUGCGAAUGGUCUUUCUGCCCAUGUCCCUCAUCUGGUCGCGCAAGUGGUCCUUUCCUGCAGACAAGCUCGUGAAAGAGCUAAGGCAAGAGUUGUUCGUCGAACCCUACGAAUCCAUCGAUUUUGCUUCUCAUCGCAACUCCAUCUCAAGAUUCGACAACUACCACCCCAAGACUUGGGUUUUGAAUGUCAUCAACUGGAUCUUGGUCAACAUCUGGAACCCUUUCCUUCGAACACAGUCCCUGGUCAAGCGUGCAGAGGACUGGGUCUGGUUCNUGGUCAAGCGUGAAGACGAAAAUUCGGAUUACUCAGAUCUCGCUCCCGUUAAUGCGCCUAUGAACAUGCUCUGUUGCUACAUUGUCGAUGGUCCUGACAGCUAUUCUGUUCGCCGACACCGCGAGCGCCUGGAAGAGUUCUUAUGGGUCAAGGAUGAAGGUAUGCUGGUCAAUGGCACAAACGGAGUACAGAACUGGGACACUUCUUUCCUGAUCCAAGCUGUUGUCGAAUGCGACAAGGCCGAAGACCCCAAAUGGAGACCGAUGCUCGAAAAGGCUCUAGAAUAUCUCGAAAUUGCACAGAUUCGCGAAGAGUGUGUCGAUCAGCAUAUCACUUACCGUCAACAACGAAAGGGUGCAUGGGGCUUCAGCACAAAGAGUCAAGGCUACACUGUCUCUGACACCACUUCUGAAGGCCUCAAAGCCGUUCUCAUGCUUCAAUUCCUACCCAGCUAUCCUCAAUUGAUCUCGGACGAACGUAUCAAGGNNGAAGCCAUUGACGUCCUGCUAACCAUGCAAAACAAGAAAUCCGGCGGCUGCUCCUCUUACGAACCCCAACGAGGCUCUGAACUGCUGGAAUGGCUCAACGCAGCAGAAGUGUUCGGUCGUAUCAUGGUCGAAUACGACUACCCUGAGUGCACUACCGCUGUAGUAACAGCAUUAACCAUGUUCAGCAAACUCUACCCGAGCUACCGCAGCCAAGAAAUCGCAGUCUUGAAANAGGGCGCUUACAACUACAUCAGAAACGCUCAACGAGCAGAUGGAUCUUGGUAUGGCAGUUGGGCCAUCUGUUUCACCUACGCAGGCAUGUUUGCCCUAGAAGCCCUAGCCACAGCAGGAGAAACCCACACAAACUCUGCUCGUGUGCGCAAGGGCUGCCAGUUCUUCAUCGACAAGCAGAUGAAAGAUGGAGGUUGGGGAGAAACAUACCGCAGCUGUGAGACUGGCGAGUACUGUCAACACAAGACAAGUCAGGUCGUGCAGACCGCUUGGGCAGUAAUUGCCUUGCUCGAAGCUGGAUAUCCAGACAGAGCGCCUAUCGAAAAGGCAAUCAGACUGAUCAUGUCGCGUCAACAGCCCAAUGGUGAGUGGCUGCAAGAAGGCAUUGAAGGUGUCUUCAACAAGAGCUGGUAA